AUGCGAUAUAGAGGAUGCGCGGAUAAGAUGCUACCAGUAAACCUAAGGGACUAUAUGACCUUUGGUCCACGAUUUAAGUUGACUAGGGAUUUUGGCGAGCUCGUGGCACGAUUGGAAACCUUGACUAUCAAGAGGGAAAGAUUUACACAUGCGAGCAAGGAAUUUCAAUCCGUUAAUCUGCGACAAUUUGUCAUCAAAUACAGCUGGAUUACUGCCGAGAAUAUCGAUUACCUAGUGGAUGUGGAUAGGUCGCAUAGUAGACUCAUAAAAAGGUUGGAUAGACUUCUCGGUGUUGGCGGCGAAAGAACUAUUGAUCGAGAGCCGCUUACCCAAGAAGGGGCCACAAGAGUAAAAGUUAGCUUCACAUGGACAGCGAUUGAGGACGAGGUCCUGAGUGCAAGCAACGUCACUAAAAGUGACAUGAAGAAAUGGGUGUCCAGUUUUACACGGAAGAGAAAGGAUGAGUGUUGUUAUGAGUUAUAG